AUGACUAGAGAUAAUUAUGAAAUGGAUAGUGCAUCAUUUACCACUAAAACACAAAAAUACAAAAGAGAAAUUAAGAAACCGAAAUUAAACAUCUCUGUUAAAAUUUUCAUACUAUAUAACUAUGGCGGCUCCGGUAGUGGACGAAAAAUUCCGGGCAACAGAGUUGUAGGAGCAACUACUGGAGAAAGAGAUUCAUCUUUCAUUGUCGCAUUUGAGAUAUAUAGAAAAAUUACAACUACCUUGUCAUUUCUUGGUAGUGGAGGCUCUGAUGGCGGCUGCAAAAGAAGAAAAAGAAACUUGACGGUUGGUAGUGGUGGAGAGGGAAAGAUUUCGGUGAGAAGCUUUGUUAUGAUGAGGACUUGA